AUGCUGCGCGGUGUGGUUGCCUUGCUCUGCCUGCAGGCGUGCGCGCUUGCGGCGCCCACAGCCGGGGCGCCGUGGUCCGCCAGCGGCCACGGACGCAUCAUCAACGGCACCGACGCCAGCAUCGCCGACUUCCCGUGGAUGGUGUCGCUGCAGCUGGCGGGCGACCACUGGUGCGGCGCCUCCGUCAUCGGCGACAGCUGGGCGCUCACGGCCGCGCACUGCGUCUUCCGGCACGAGGUGGCCAACAUGACCGUGAGGGCGGGCACGUCCACGCGGGGCAGCGGCGGGGUCGUCCUCAACGUCUCGCAGGCCAUCAUCCACGACGAGUUCAGCAUCAUUUCUGCCGAAUACGACAUCGCCGUUGUACAGCUCUUGGUUUAG